AAAAUAAAAAACCACAAAGCUGGGGAAAAAAAAGAAAAAGUGAACCCUGUCGUCGUUCUGAGUUCGGUUUCGAGCUCUAAUGGCUGCAUAUACGACAUCGGAGCCAGUAGUGAACCUCCCGACGACGCAAAUUGAAUCUAAUGUUGCAGAGCCGAUGGGUGUAACUCUUCUGGUUCGGCAUCUUCCUGAUGGAAUUCCUCAUGAUAUCGUCUCUCGUCUCUUUUCUCAGUACGGAGCUUCUGCAGUUCGUCCUUGCUCCGGUGGGAGAUUGAGGAAUGCUGCAUUUGUGGAUUUCAAGAAUGAAGCUAUUGCUUCUCAAGCACAUCGUCAAUUAAAUGGGCUGAGAUUUCUUGGUAAGGUUCUACAAGUACAGAGAGCCAAUAAGCCUAAUGAGAACAAGAAGUCAAGUCAAACUGAAGAGUCUGGGAAAGAUGGUCAAUCCUACUCAUUCUCUACAAUCAGCAGCAACAAUGUUUCAAAAUCUGGGCAGGUACCUGGUGAACCAAUAGCUCCAAAACUCGGCAUAAACUAUCCAUUUCCUCCUCACCUGCAGUAUGCUUACCCACCACCCGAUGCAAAUAUCUUAGCCAACAUUACUAAUGCUCUAAUCGCUGUCCCGCCUUUAUACACCCAGGUGCUGCAUCUGAUGAACAAAAUGAAUCUUCCUCCUCCUUUUCGCCUGGCCCUGCCCACACCACCUCUACCUAAAGCAGCAAGCCAACCAGCUGAGUUGGAGCACCAAUCUAGUAGCGAGUCAGAUAUGGAAUCUGAUGAGGAUACAGGUACAUCAAAAUCAGGAAGGAAGCGUGCUAGACAUGAAACUCUUGUUGGUCCUGGUAUGGACAAGGAUGUGCCACAUGAGAGUGUUGGAGUGAAACCUUCGUCUUUGACCCUAAAUGAGAUCCCACUAAUAAGAAAGAAUAAACAAGUUUUGCAGUUCAAGAUUACCCCAAAAGUUGCUCAAGACGAAUAUAAAGAGAAUCGUGAGAUUGAAGGCCCUGCAGACGAGCCCACAGAAGAUGAUUCAAAUGUGGAACCCUUUGCCAGUUUAGAGGAGUUGGAGAAAGGAAGGUUACCUCCACAGGAUAUUCUUUCACUGCCUAUGUUCAAGAACUACACAGCUGGGAAUCCGUCGCUUGUGCUGUAUAUCAAAAACCUUGCCAAAGAUGUUAUUAUUGAUGAUUUCUAUUACAUAUUUGGGUCACAAUUUGGAAGCAUUGAAGCAGCUAAAUCCAGUCUUGGUGUUAGGCUGAUGCAGGAAGGAAGGAUGAGAGGGCAAGCUUUUUUGACAUUUCCUUCUGUUGAGUUCGCACAGCGUGCUCUGAAUCUUGUAAACGGAUUUGUGUUCAAAGGAAAACCAAUGAUAAUCCAGUUUGGUAGGAAUCCUGGAGCAGCGAAGCCAAACGAGUGAUGAUGUAUGUAACAGGGUUGUCUUGUCUUUUUUGGUAAAAUUAAAGGUUUUAACUGCAAAUUCUAAUUUAAAAUCAAAUAGUCAGUAAAAUGUCGUUGCCUAAUUUUUAUAGCUCCAGAUGUAAUUAAUGAGCAAUGAGAUACAAAAUGAUAGUAACCCGAUAAAAAAAAAAA